GGAGAUAUUUGUGAACCUGAUUUUAUAAAACAGCUCUUCGAAACUGAGAAAAUAGAUAUAGUCCUUCAUUUUGCAGCCCAAACACAUGUAGAUCUUUCAUUUUGGCAUGCCCUGGAAUUCACCUAUGUGAAUGUCUAUGGCACUAACGUGCUGGUUGCUGCUGCGCAUGAAGCCAACGUGGAGAAGUUUGUCUAUGUCAGUACAGAUGAGGUGUACGGAGGUAGCACUGAUGAGGAAUUUGAUGAAUCCUCACCAAAACGUCCAACAAAUCCCUAUGCCUCCUCUAAAGCAGCUGCAGAGUGUUUUGUUCAGUCGUACUGGGAAAGGUACCAAUUCCCUGUUGUUAUCACACGGAGCAGUAAUGUUUAUGGACCACACCAGUAUCCAGAAAAAGUUAUUCCAAAGUUUAUAUCUUUGUUGCAACAGAACAGAAAAUGCUGUAUUCAUGGUUCUGGACUUCAAAGAAGGAACUUCCUUUAUGCAACUGAUGUGGUAGAAGCAUUCCUAACUGUCCUGAAGGAGGGGAAGCCAGGUGAAAUUUAUAACAUUGGAACUAACUUUGAGAUGUCCAUUGUCCAGCUUGCUAAGGAGUUAAUCCAUUUGAUAAAGAAAACCAGUUCGGAGUCAGAAAUGGAGCACUGGAUGGAUUAUGUCAAAGACAGACCUACCAAUGACCUGAGAUACCCAAUGAAUUCAGAAAAAAUGCACAACUUGGGAUGGAGACCUAAAGUGCCUUGGAAAGAAGGAAUAAAGAAAACAAUUGAAUGGUACAAAGAAAACUUUCACAACUGGAAAAACUCCGAGAAAGCUUUGGAACCCUUUCCUGUGACAGAUCCAUUUGCACAGCUUGGUGAUCCGUAGGGUGGCAGAGAACCUGAAGGAGUUUGUUCUACCUCACACAGUCUUUUCAUCGAAGCCCACGAUCAAGUGGCCACGCUGAACUCUUAAUGUAUUCAGGCUCCAUGAACCAGGAUGAAUACAGAACUACAGCACGGCACAACUUCAGAAGGGUUUCAGCACUUUAGAAGUUGAACCUGUUAAUUUCAGCCUUUGGUGCAAUACUAUAUUCUCAUUAGGUGUUGAUUUUAAAGAACUGUACAGGAUGAAGAAUAUUUAUUAUGCUAUAAAUUAGUGUAAUGAAGUCAAAUCUGCCUUAAUAAUAAUUGUGAUUACAGCUUUGGGACUUUCAUUGGAAUUUGUUUUAGUUCUGGAGUUGUUUAGUUCUUUAUUAGUUUGUUUUUACAGUGUAAUAUAUUAUGUUUGUCACUUUAAAGAGUUGUAUUUUAUUUUUAAUCAAGGAGGAAAAUGCCGUGUUUCCUGGAGGGUAUAAAUCAGUUGAUAAAAGCUAGAUAGGGUACCCAUACAGUUCAGUCCUUUUCUCUGUUGGUGCAGUAUUACUUUCUGGAGGUGACUGAUUAAACCAUUGCCUACUCUAUAACUGUAAAUGCCCUUUUUAAGGGGGGUAGGGGUACAAGUGUCAAGAAAUAGCAGGUGUUCUUGCUGAAAUUUCCAGAGGCAUUUUCUUUAAACUUUGCUCAGUUUUAGAUGUCAUCUGUUUACUGUAUUACUGUCUUUUACAUGUUAAUUUCCUUUUCUUAACUGUAAUUGUAACAAACUUGAAAUACUGUAACACAGUUAACAUUCCAGUGAUGUUAUUUCCUCUGAUAUGAAGGCUAUUUAUGGAGAUAAAUUUUAAACACUUCUUUUCUUGUGAAAUGUGGUUUGGCAGACCUUAUUCAAGGCAGUGUUUCAUGAUUUUUAUUUUUUUUUUUUGAUGGCAAACAUUUUGAAGAUGAAACAAUAUUUGAGUUUUACUGUAAAGUUUGGGAGGAAACUUCAGUUCUAUAAACAUGCCAAUGGAUCUUUUUCGUAGUUGAUUUAGUAAUAAAAGUUACAGUGUAA